AUGGACGAUUACCGCCGUUACCGUAAAGAAGGAAACGAUAAUUCUAGAAAGGAACUUUUUCAAGGUGCUUCUAAUAAUCAAGGUGGUGGAGCACCUCCUUAUGGUGGUUACCAACAACCACCACCUUCAGGGUAUCCACCACCGCCUUAUAGUAAUCAACAACAACCUUAUGGUUAUGGUGCACCAUAUGGUCAACAACAAGAGAACGAGGAAGAUGUUGAAGAAAUCAAGUCUCAGAUUCACAGCGUUAAGCAAGAAUCUUUAAAUUCGACUUUGAAAUCUUUACAGAUGAUCGAACAAGCUGAGAAAUCAGCGCAAAGCACUCUAAACAAGCUUGGUGAACAAAGUCAACGUAUCAAUUAUACUGAACGACAAUUGGAUCUUGCUGAUGCACAUGCUGAGCGCGCAGCAGACCAAGCAGCUAAACUUAAAAAAGUUAAUGGUUCCAUGUUUGGUUUUGACGUAAGCAAUCCAUUCAACAAAAAGAAACGCGAAGCUGCUGAAUUGGCACGCGUUCAAGCUAUGCAAGAUGAGCAAAGAGCUAGUCGUGAACAAAUGAGAGCCGGUAAUUGGGAAUCACAACAAAGGAUUAAUGAAGCUAUGAAGCAUGGACAACAACCAUCUGGUUAUCAAUCUGGAAAGUCCUCACAAUCGUCUAGAAGUAAAUUUCAAUUUGAAGCUGACGAUGAAGAUAAUCAAAUUGAAGAUCAUUUAGAUAGAAAUUUAGAUGCACUUUCAUCCGGUUUAACUAGAUUAAACUCCAUGGCUGUCGCGUCUGGGGAAGAAAUAAAGAAGCAAAACAGUGUUUUGGAUCGUGUUUCCGACAAGACCAACGCUUUGGACAAUCGUAUCGUCGGAACAACUCAUACAUUAAAGAAAAUUAGAUAA